AUGUGGCGCGGGAUAUACCAAGACGUGGGUGAGCAGGUCUUACCACCGGCAACAGCAUCGAUGCGAUCCUUCAUCCGACAGGUGCUGAAACGGUCGCAUACAACAUACACAACCGCGCAAAUUGCCAUCUGCUAUCUGUUUCAGACACAGCAAGCGAUCCGCCGAUACAUGCUCAGCGAGCCGCGCCAGAGUAUCAAACGGGACUACAUCAGCUGCGGCCGACGCAUGUUUCUGGCCAGUCUCAUUGUCGCAUCCAAAUACGUCCAGGACAAGACGUAUCGGAACUCGGCGUGGGCUUCCAUCGCGCGCAUGCAUGUCCAGCAGGUCAACCUCGCCGAACGGGUCUUUCUUGAAAUGUGCGACUAUCAACUCUAUAUGAAGCAGAACGUGUUUGAUGAUCUGCAUCGUUUAUUACGUGACUAUGUUGCCGAUGCCGUG